AUGGCAAAGUUGACGAGCCAUUAUGCUCCGUCCCCGUCCAAAAUAGCCCGCCGGCACGCGUUCCAUCAGCGCAGCCAAGCUGAGGGAGAGUCCGUGAGUGCAUACGUUGCUGCCCUACGAUCCGCCAAAGCAAAAAUGGACUGCCAUGCCAUUCUCCGGAACUCUCACCAUGGCCUCUCUUGCCACCAACUGCAAAGGAAAAUUCAACUGACGGUCUUGAUAGAAGGGAAGCCCUGCGCGAUGGAGCUCGACACCGGUUCCGCAACGUCUAUCGUGUCGUGGAGCACAAUCAAACGCAUCGUGCCGCAGCUUUCCAAACGCCAGCUACAUGACUGCAAUCUCACAUUGAGAGACUAUCAGGGCAACCUGAUUCCAAUAAUUGGUACCCGAAAGGUCAGAGUGCAGUUCAAGGGGUUUGACGGCCGCCUACCCCUCAUCAUAGUCGACGGACGGCUGCCCAGUCUUCUUGGUCUCGACUGGUUCCAGUCCCUGGGUCUGCAGAUCAGCGGAAUCCACCACCUCAGCGCAAAUGCACUCGACUGCCUGGUCAACGAGUUCCCAGAAGUCUUUGAUGGCAACCUCGGCAAGUAUACGGGCACGCCAGUUUCCUUUAACCUCGACCCGUCCGUACAGCCGGUGCGGAUGAAGCCUCGCCGAGUGCCCAUCACACUCAAACCAAAAGUGGACGCUGAGUUGGACAGGCUAGUGGCUCAAGGCGUUCUGGAGCCAGUGGACCAUGCCAGAUGGGAAACACCCAUUGUGCUACCCAUCAAGCCAGAUGGCAGCGUGAGGAUUUGCGCUGACUAUCGCUGCUCAAUCAACCGUGCCUUGCCGUCCAACGCGUACCCGGUACCAGUGGUUCAGCAUUUACUGCACACCUUGGGCGAGGGGACUGUGUUCGCGAAGCUCGACCUCGCCCAAGCCUAUCAACAGCUGGUUGUGGACGAUGAAGCAGCUGAAGCACAAACGAUUAUCACACACCGGGGCGCUUUCCGUUGCCGCAGACUGCAGUUUGGGGUCAGCAUUGCCCCAGGACUGUUCCAGAGCUUGAUGGAGCGGUUGCUCCAAGGACUCCGAGGCGUCGUCCCCUAUUUUGACGACGUCCUCGUGUCAGCCACCUCUAUGGAAGAACUCAUGGCCCGCUUGCGCAUGGUUCUCCAAAGAUUCCAAAAAGUGGGACUGAAGGUUAAGAGAGACAAGUGCCAGGUUGCGGUAUCCCAGAUAGAGUUCCUCGGGUUCCUCAUCGAUGGCAGUGGCACCAACCCCACGGCUGCCAAAACCAAAGCCAUCGUAGAGGCCCCUGCUCCAACUAACAGAGCUGAAUUACAGGCCUUUUUAGGCCUCCUUAAUUUUUAUGCUGUAUUCCUUCCCCACAAGGCUACGGUCGCUGAGCCACUUCAUCGCCUCCUCGACUCGGGCGCCCCCUGGGUGUGGGGCCGCCGGGAGGCUUCCGCCUUCCUCGCUGUCAAACACCUGCUCAUCUCAAACGAUGUCCUAGUGCAGUACAGCGAACACUUGCCCCUUGUGCUCGCUUGUGACGCUUCACCCUAUGGGGUGGGCGCCGUUCUCUGUCACCAGCUACCCAGUGGGGCAGAGGUGCCAGUCGCCUAUUUUUCCCGCACGCUCUCUGCCUCUGAACGCAACUACGCGCAAAUUGACAAAGAGGCUCUAGCCAUUGUGGCCGGGGUGCGCCGGUUCCAUCACUAUUUGUAUGGCCGGCCUUUCCAAAUUGUCACUGACCAUAAGCCCCUACUGGGUUUGCUGGCAGGAGAUCGGCCUGCCCCUCAGGUCCUAUCUCCACGCAUGACUCGUUGGUUCGUGUUCCUGGCUGCCUAUGACUAUCAAUUGCACCACCGCCCAGGGAAGCAGAUUGCUCAUGCCGACGCACUCAGCCGCUGCCCCCUGCCCGAAGCUGAUGAAGAUCCUGCUGCUGUGGCCCCAGUGUUCCUUAUCGACGACCUCAACCUUCCAAUCUCUGCCGCCGACAUCGCCCGGUCGUCAGCAAGGGAUCAGGUAAUAUCCCGGGUGCUAGAUUGGGUUAGGCGAGGGUGGCCGAAAGACCCCGUAGACCCCAUAUUCCUGCCCUUCAAAGCACGCCUGGCGGAGCUCUCCGUCCAGCACGGCUGCUUACUUUGGGGCCAUAGAGUAGUCGUACCUCCCUCACUGAGGACUACUGUCUUGCGGCAGCUGCAUUCUGCACAUCCCGGAAUUGUCCGGAUGAAAGCCCUAGGCAGAAGCUACGUCUGGUGGCCCAAGCUCGACCAAGACAUAGCCGACCAUGUCGCUGGGUGCUCGAAAUGUCAGAGCGCCCAAGCGUUGCCGCCAAAAGCCGAGCCGCGUUCAUGGGAUCCCCCAUCCACUCCCUGGUCCUGGGUUCAUGUUGAUUUCGCAGGCCCCAUUCAGGGCCGGAUGCUGCUCAUUGUUGUGGACGCCUUCUCGAAAUGCGUCGAGGUCGUCCACAUGUCCUCCACAAUGGCAGACGCGCUCAUCGCGUCCCUGCGCCACCUGUUUGCCACCCACGGCCUGCCCGAUGUGGUAGUCUCGGAUAACGGCCCACAGCUGACAGCCGCAAAGUUUGAGGCCUUCCUAGCUUCCCUAGGCAUUCGACAUGCCCUCACCUCCCCGUUCCACCCCUCUAGCAAUGGCCUGGCGGAGCGCGCCGUGCGGUCAGUGAAAGAAGCCCUUUCUAAAAUGGACCACCUUCCCUGGCAAGAACGCAUUGACGCCUUCUUGCUGGCCCAUCACUCCACACCUUCCCCGGAAUCCAAUACGAGCCCCGCCGAGCUCCUAAUGGGACGCCGGUUGCGAACUACUCUUGACCGUCUGCACCCUGCCUAUUCAACCCCAAAACCUCUGGAUUCCCUGGGUGGGUCUCGCUCCUUCGGCCAGGGGGAGGCAGUGUACGCCCGGAAUUAUGGGGGGUAUCCCUUGUGGCUACCGGGCGUAAUAACUGACCAGACCGGGCCCUGCUCCUACAGGGUCAGGCUUCUCGACGGCAGAGUCUGGAAACGACACUGCGACCAGUUGCGGGGCAGGCGCCAACCACAGACAAGCCAGCAGCCGUCAACCGACCUACCCAGUCUGACAGCUCAGACGGACAACGAAGGGGCCAGAAACGAGGAGGCCAACGAAGGACAAGCAGCAGGAGCCCAAACCCAAAGCGGCGACUUACUUGGUGGGCCAGCUCCGUUAUCCGCUCUUCCCCGGCCAGGGCGAUCUCAGUCCUCCGAUGCAGAAUCCUCGGCCAAACAACCAGAGCCUCCAAGCGGUGCAGAAGGGCCUAGGGCAUCCGGCCGGAUCAGGAGGCGUCCAGCCUACUUACAAGACUACGCCUGCGCAAACUUAGGGGGGAGGAGUGUUGUGUUCUGA